UGGCCGAGAGGGUACGCGGAGGCGGACGGUGGCCGACGAGGUCCGGCAUGGAGCACCUAGAGCGCUGCGCGUGGGUCCUACGGGGGACGCUGGUGCGAUCGGCAGUGCGGCGAUACCUGCCCUGGGCUCUGGCGGCCUCUAUGCUGGCGGGCUCCCUCCUCAAGGAGCUCUCUCCGCUGCCCGAGAGCUAUCUCAGCAACAAGCGCAACGUCCUCAACGUGUAUUUUGUCAAAGUGGCCUGGGGCUGGACCUUCUGCCUCCUCCUGCCUUUCAUCGCCCUCACCAACUACCACCUGACGGGCAAGGCCGGCCUGGUCUUGCGGCGGCUGAGCACCCUGCUCGUGGGCACGGCCAUCUGGUACGUCUGCACGGCCAUCUUCUCCAACAUUGAGCACUACACGGGCAGCUGCUACCAGUCGCCAACCCUGGAGGGGGAGAGAAAGGAGCAUCAGAGCAAGCAGCAGUGCCACGGGGAAGGGGGCUUUUGGCACGGCUUCGACAUCUCGGGCCACUCCUUCCUGCUGACCUUCUGUGCCCUCAUGAUUGUGGAGGAGAUGGCCGUGCUUCACGAGGUGAAGACGGACCGAAACCACUGUCUCCACGCGGCCAUCACCACCCUGGUGGUGGCCCUGGGCUUCCUGACCUUCAUCUGGGUGUGGAUGUUUCUGUGCACGGCCGUCUACUUCCACAACUUGUCCCAGAAGGUGUUUGGCACUCUGUUCGGUCUGCUGGGCUGGUAUGGGACGUACGGCUGUUGGUAUCUGAAAUCCUUUUCUCCAGGACUUCCUCCCCAGAGCUCCAGUUUGAAUUUGAAGCAAGACACUUACAAGAAAUAAAAGAGAAACAAAAAGGAUGAGGGCAGGACCGGGGUUAAAAGGUUUUUCCGUUUCUUUUUCUCCUUAAUUGUUUGACUAAAUGAUCGAUCCCGCUUCGGGAAGGAAGCUUACCAGGCAGUUUUGGGGUAGGGGGUGCGGUGGUGGAGUCUGGGGAGCUGGGCCAGGCCCCAGACAGUUCUUGGAGACAUCACGCUGUGUCACAAGCACCGCCAUCCCCAGUCAGGCACUUUGCGUCCCUGGCAAGACUUGACCUUAAUCUGUUACGUCCCUUUUGUCCCUGGAUGGCGAGCUCAGGCUCAGUGAGAGGGCAGAAUCAGGAAGGCCUCUCUGGUGUGGCUGAAUUGAGGUGGGGGACUCCCCUGCUGCGUCACUUGCUCCCUGAUUCUUAGCUGUCUUCUGUGUCAAGGGCUGCUGAUGCUAUUAGUUAACAACCAUGCCCUCUGGUCAGUUUUGCAUAAGCAUUUAUUUCCAGCAGGGUUCUUUAUAUAUAUCAACUACCAACCGCCUAAGACACACUCUGGUUGUAGUAUUUGCUCUAUCUGUGGAGUGUCAAAUACUUCAACUGACUUGUGAUUGACUGCCAACACAGUCACACUUGAGUGCCUCUGCGACGGAGUAUUGGAUACUUUUUAUGUAACGAACACUGAUAAUUUUCUGUCUGUGUCGUCUAGUAUAUAUUGGUUUUUGAAGCAAUAAGGUUAUCUCCCCUCCCCUUCUGUUUUGAGUGAAUGCUUUAUAGUUUUUAAUAACAACCAUGGUAUUUGUUCUUUGUUGACAGAACUUCCAAAAAUAACUCACGACUCCAGUGUUGCACUUUGGCACACAUGUCAAGUGCCUUGAGGGUUUUUAAGAACACUAAAACACUUUUGGCUUUAUGGUAUUUAUUCAAGCUUGCGGGGCUGUUUUCUUGGUUAAGGAUCAAACUGGGAAGCAGACAUUUGAAUAACUUGUUGAAUUUUAAGCUGAGUCAGAGUAAUUUUGCAAAAUGCCUAUUUGCACUGAAACUCUCCUGACCACGUAUCAGUGGUGUUAGACUGAACAGUGUUUCAGAGUCGUGUGAUAAUAAGUCUUCUGUCCGCUGCUAUGGCCCAGAGCAUUUUUACCCAUUUAGAUAAGAUUAUGCUAAGUCAGAAGUGGAGGAAGGUGUCUUCCCUUGCUUCUGAGGGCAAGAAGCCAACUUCUUUGCAAGAACGUCUCUGUUAAAUGGUGGCUUGACUUUGACCCCUCCCUCUUCUUAAUUGGACCACCACCAAAACCACACCAAACCAGGGUCUGUUCCUCUGCCCUUGAACUUGACUUUUUCUUUCCCGUUUGCAGCAUUCUCAAUUUCCAGCCUUGUUCUUGUGCGGCCUUCACCGUGAGAAUGCUGGAAAGGGUUAGAUACUCUGUUCCGUCUGCCCUGCAAAGACACAGUUAGUGCUGUGAUAAGAUACCCCUUCCGCUCUCAGUGUCUCCGUAAGCCUUUCACACCCAGCCCCUUGCAUUUUGGAUAAUCAUCCUGGAAGCUUCUUCUAUACUCUUUGCCCCCAGUCACGCCUGGUAAUAGCAUUAACUGAUAAGCACUUGACUGGUUUAACUCAAGCUUAGGUUGCUAGGAGCUUGAUGUCUGGGAAAUCUUCAGUGUAAAACAUAUUGCUUACAAAGAUGUAUUUAAAAGAUGUAUUUAAAAUACAUAUCUCAUCCGGCCACAGGUUAUCCUGUAUCGAUCAAAAUGUGAGGUGUGACACAUUGCACCCAGAGGUGGCAGAAGCGCCUGGCAGUGAGAUUCUGGAGGUGUCGCCAUGGUGCCCUGGGAGCACUGGCAAGGUCUGAUUCAAGCUCAGCCCUACAUUAACUCCAUGGCACGUGUCCAUUGCCGAAUCUUGUCGAGUCAUCAGUCUCCCUCCACUUCCUGCUCAGUCUUACCGCCUUUGCCUGUCACUGGGGGACAUGCUCUCCAUCCGUAUGUGAGAUAUCAUGGCAAGACUGAAAGCGUUUGGGUUUGGACAGGUGUGAGAGGUGGGUCCAGAUCUCAGCACCACCACCACGGAGAGCUGUCUGACCGUGGGCACGCCUCAAUUUCUCCAUCUGUGAAAUGGAGGUGGUCCUGUCGGGAUGAAGGGAAAUGAUGAAGGUAAAAUGCGCAGCACAUGGGCGGAGCAGGUGACCAUCCCCCUGCUUCCUUUUUCUUGAUUACGCCUUGAGGACUUUUUGGCUCCUCUAGAGAAGGCAGGGAGACCAGCAUCUUCUUUGGAGUGCCAUUCAGGGUCUGGGUGUCCUGUUGAAAUAGCCUCGUCUUUUGAAAAGUGUCUGUUCCCCCGGUGCUGAACAAGAGGCUUCCGAGGGCAUCUGCAAUCACAGAACACCGCCGUGCUAGUUUCGCCUCUGUGUUGAGGUUCAUUCACUGGCGCCUCGUUUUCCACGUGCAUCUGUCAUAGUCUGAGUACCAGUUUGUAUUUAGCGAAUGGCUCUUGCCACUGUUUUUGUAUACACACAGAUCGUGUGUGUAAACAGGCAAAUGAAGUAAACUGGAAAUAAUGAAAACCCCA